AUAGUUUUUACAAAUGAAUUGAAGAUGGGAAGCAUUUCCUUUAGAAUUCUAUGUGUGGGUGAUGCUGAGAGCUUCUAAUAACGAGCAAUGAGAAAAUUUUUAAUAACUUAAUAACACAGUAAUACCUAUGUAAUAGCUUUGACUGCCCAAAAUGUAUGUCUUGAAUCAAAUGCUAAUAAUUUUUAAUAGUUCCUUCUGAUUAGGGCCAUUUCCUUUUAAGAAGAUAAGCCUAUUUGGCACUACUUGUUCUUACUUCAAACUGUGCAUGUUUGGUAAGAAUCCAGGGUUGCAGGUGCUUGUUUGUAUUCAGUAUUUGUACAGAUAUUAACAGCUUCUCAUGUAUUUUCAGUCUGCUUUUGUGCUCAAUAGAAAAUGUGUAAGUCUGUUUUAUCUCUUUGUAAAUAAAAGGUUAGAACAGUUAUGAACAGUGAGUUGAUGAGAGUAAGAUUUUUCUAACCGUUUUUGCAAUAGCUAGAUAACUAUAGUUAAAGCAGUUAAUAAAUUCUGUGGUAGGCUGUAACUUGCACCACAACUUGCUUGAUUAUUUCAAUGUAAAUUUUAUCUGGAAAGAUUUGUAAUGCUGACAUUUUAGCAUCAAUCAUCAGCGGUGGCUCGUGAGGAAGUAAAUCUCAGCAAAACGUUUAUCCAGUGAGUUCAUUCUCUAAGGCAAAAUGAUUGUGUCACAGGCCUUCCCUCCUCACCCAUUUCUCUGGUGUCCCCUAUGGGAAAGGCUUCUUACUAAGGCCUUUUUUCCUGAUUGUGAAUUGUAUUUUUCAGUAGAUCAUAGAGGAGUUGCAGGUACAGUGAUGCUCAGUUUGUUGAAUGUAAGCACAAGGCAUAGAACUUCCAAAAGUGCCUUUUCAGGAGGUGGCUGUGCAGCCAGGCAUGGCACGCACCACAGCUGAUUCCCUGGAACCACUGGUUCGUUGACGAGAAUGUAGUAAUUAAAUUGUCUAUUGUCUUUGUGAAGACUUUGAAAGGAUAUAAGUCAUAAAGUUGAUGAUAAAUUACGAACUUGACUGAAACAAUUGUGUUUUUAUAGGCAACUUGAUUAGAAAUUUAUACAGAGUGUGAAUUAAAACUUUAGUUAUGAUCUGCAGGCCAGUAUAGUAAUUGAGUGUUGCUGAUAGCUACAAAGUUAGCUCUUGCAUGACUUGUGUCCAGGAAUCCUAAAAGAAUGGACAUUCUUUGACUGAAGUAAAGCUUGGGGAAAAUAUAAAUCUUAAUAUUUGUUUUAGCACAGUUAUUUACUUUUUGGAAGGAAGGUUGGGAUAUACAGUUCUCUAUAUUGCACUAACAUGAAGGACCACCGAAAGUGUGUUAGUCCUUUAUGUGACUGCUGUUCAUGGGCGUGAAGGUGCUCCAGCUUCACUGCACACACUGCCUCCUCAAAAGCAGGUUAGGAGGGGCUCCAGGUUGCAAGGCAAUGAUCCUGUAUGAACUUCUACUGCUGGUCCCAAUUGCCAGAAGGCAGUCGAGUGGGUGAACUCUGUGUUGGCAGGCCUUAGGCCAGAUCAGGUAUCAUCCCUCAUCCCAGAGCUGUCACAAAAGAAACACAAAAGCUGUAUCAUCUGCUGUAACUAUUUUGACAGAAGGGCAAUAAUCUGCCCACAUCUGAUCCAUACUUAUUUUAUAAGUCUCUGGUUUCCAGAACAAUAUAUACGUACUACAGUCAUUACCAUAGCCAGAGUCCUGCACCGUAUAGACACUGUGGCCAAUUGUGCUAUAAGGAUGCAGUGGCUCAGUUUACAACAGUUCAUCGACUGUUAAUCCAAUCUUUCUGUCCUGCUAAUCAAAUCAGUCAGCUCCAGAAGCAUGUGCUGGCAGGCUUACACGUACACCCCCAGGCCAACAUGAAGGGAGUAAAAUAUUGGGAAUUACAGUAAAGAUGAAUUCCAGGAUGUAUAUGGUAUCCUAGUGUAAUUUUUUAAUGAUGUUAUUUGAACUUAAACCAUACAAUACUAUGGGUUUGGUAUUCUGACCACAUGUGUGUUAAGCUGUUUUUAAAUUUUACCUGCUGGUGUUAACUGCUGUGAGCAAUGCACAAAAAUCAGUUAAGUCAUACUAUUGUAAAUGAUGUAUUUUCUAAUAAAAUGUAUAACUUGAAGAUUUUAGUGCACAUUCUGCAGACCUUCAGGUGUAUUUUGACAUUGCCAUCAAACUUCUUUUGAAUAACUGUCUUCUCAAAACUACUUUCUCCUUUUUCUUUAAGCAAAACUGUUUUCAUGUGUUGUAUGCUGCUAUAUAUCAGUUGCAUUUUUUAAAUGUUGAAUGCAUUUAUUUUAUUUACAGUAAGAAGUAUUUGAAUACUGUUUAUCAUUGACCUGUGCAAGAUUUUAAUAAAUAGAGGACAUAGUCAUUCAUAAACAUUGCUGAUUUGUUAUGGAUGAUCAUGUAGGUCCCAUUUGUAUAUGGAACAGUUUCCAAUUUAACUAAGGGUGACUGUUCACAUAUAAUACACACAUGUGUGUAAGACUUCCAUUUAUUCUAGUUUCAGUCUCUGAACUGGGGAAAGUCUACAGCAGUAAUUUAUCUCAAUUGGAGAAAAUCAGUUGAAUAUAUCAGUUGGUGCUGUGAUCCCACCUCUGCAUAUUCUGCUGUGUGGCACUUCUGUUUUGGCCUAGAUUUAGUGGAGCCUCUCAAGAUCAAAUAUCCAUGCUACAAUGUGUGUUGAAACUGUGCAGAGCUGUUAUUUGCUUGAAGCAUGACAGAUAACACCAUUGCAUUGGUACAUUUCCAUUUCCAGUUUAUGUUUCUCCAUAAAGAAUCCCCAUCAUGUAUACAAAGACUGGUCUGUGAACAAAACCAUUGCACAGUAGAGAGAAUUGUUGACAAAAGGAAAAACAAGAAGGGAAAAACAGAGUAUUUGGUGCGAUGGAAAGGAUACGACAGUGAAGAUGAUACUUGGGAGCCAGAGCAGCACCUUGUUAAUUGUGAGGAAUAUAUACAUGAAUUUAACAGACGCCACAAUGAAAAGCAGAAAGAAAGCACAUUAACCAGGACAAACAGGACCUCUCCAAAUAAUGCCAGAAAACAAAUCUCUAGAUCUACCAAUAGUUCUUUUUCAAAGACAUCUACUAAAUCUUUAGUUAUGGGUAAAGACCAUGAGUCAAAAAAUAAUCAACUCUUUUCUGCCACCCAGAAGUUCCGGAAAAACAGUUCACCAUCUCUUUCUGGAAGGAAAAAUAUGGACCUUGCAAAAUCAGGUAUUAAAAUCCUAGUGCCCAAAAGUCCAAUUAAGAGCCGGACAACAGUUGAUGGCUUCCAGAAUGAAAGCCCGGAUAAAAUGGACCAUAUAGAGCAGGAUCAAGAAGACUCUGUAGCACCAGAAGUAGCAGCAGAAAAACCAGUGGGAGCAUUAUUAGGACCUGGUGCAGAGCGUGCUAGAAUGGGGAGCCGACCAAGGAUACAUCCAUUAGUGCCACAAUUGCCAGUGCCAGUAACAGCCACAAUUGCAUCAGCAUUAACAAUAAAUGGAAAAGGUACAUCCACCUUUAUGGAAGCAUUAGCAGCCAAUGGUACAACCAACAUACAGACAUCUGUAACAGGAGUGACAGCCAGCAAACGAAGGUUUAUUGAUGACAGGAGAGAUCAACCUUUUGAUAAAAGGCUACGUUUCAGUGUGAGGCAAACGGAGAGCGCGUACCGGUACAGAGACAUUGUUGUCAGGAAACAAGAUGGAUUCACACAUAUUUUGCUAUCGACAAAAUCAUCUGAAAAUAAUUCACUAAAUCCAGAGGUAAUGAAGGAAGUCCAGAGUGCACUGAACACAGCAGCUGCAGAUGACAGUAAACUUGUUCUGUUCAGUGCAGUUGGUAGCAUUUUCUGCUGUGGUCUUGAUUUUAUUUAUUUUAUACGGCGCUUAACAGAUGAUAGAAAAAAGGAAAGCACUAAGAUGGCAGAAGCUAUUAGGAAUUUUGUGAAUACUUUUAUUCAGUUUAAGAAGCCUAUCAUUGUAGCAGUAAAUGGCCCAGCCAUUGGACUUGGAGCAUCUAUAUUGCCUCUGUGUGACGUGGUUUGGGCUAACGAGAAGGCUUGGUUUCAGACACCAUACACUACUUUUGGACAAGGUCCGGAUGGAUGUUCAUCCCUUACAUUCCCUCGGAUAAUGGGCCUGGCUUCUGCCAAUGAAAUGUUGUUCAGUGGAAGGAAGUUGACUGCACAGGAAGCUUGUGCCAAAGGACUCGUCUCUCAAGUGUUUUGGCCAGGAACAUUCACACAAGAAGUAAUGGUUCGAAUCAAGGAACUUGUCACAUGUAACUCAGUUGUACUUGAAGAAUCCAAAGCUUUAGUACGGAACAUCAUGAAGGUGGACUUGGAACAAGCAAAUGAAAAGGAAUGUGAAGUUUUGAAGAAAAUCUGGGGCUCAGCGCAAGGGAUGGACUCAAUGUUAAAAUAUCUGCAGAAGAAAAUUGAUGAGUUCUGAUGAGAUGCCCAUUGACACUGGAAAUGUAUUUCUUGGACAUCGGGGCAAACAAAAUGUGCCCAUUUAAAAAAACCUAUAUAAACUAACCCGUUGCUCAGCUUGGGAACAGGAGUGGACACCCUCCCCUUUUAUUGUCAAGGGGUUUAAAAGUACUGUAUCACUUAAAUUUGAACAAAACUCCUUUCUCCCUGAUUGUUACAUAUAGAUAUACACACACACACACAAGUGUAUGUGUGUGCAUAUAUAUGUCUUUUAUAUAUAUAUAUAAUGUAAUAUGUGUGUGAGAGUGUGUAUGUAGACACACACACACAAGCUAAAAAAAAAAAAAAGAUAGAGUGCACUACCAAACAUCUCUUUAAAGGCUCUAGUUUUUGUUAUCUUUGGCUAGUACUGUAUCAAAUAGAGAAUGGAUUAAAAAGUGAAUGGUGUUGCAUUAUUUUCUGUGUGGCAGGGAAGUCUGGAAUAAUGCUUUUCUUGUUCAUUAGAUUACAGCAUUGAAACGGGUAUUAGCCAGCCCUUACUUUCACUGCCCAAGGAGUCAGCUAAGAUAGAAUGCCUUGUCUCAGAAGAAGGUUGAAAUACCUCAAGCAAUGGAACAUUCUAAAAUGUGGGGGAACUAAACCCUGUUAAGCUUACAUCACAUAUAUCCCCAAAAAGAGAGUGUGCUCAGGAUGAUUGCUAAGAAAACACUCUGUCCGGUUUUGGGGAGAGGUAUAGAGGGGUGGGAGGAAGAGGGCAGGAAUAUGUUUAAUUCUUACCCAGAUAGCAUGAAGAAACCACUGUCUCUUAGGGAAGGGGAAUGAGGGGAAGUGGGAGGGAAAUGGAAGGGGGAAAGAAAAAAAUAAAAAAGAAAAGAGCUUGUUUUGCAGUAUUAGUGAAUCACUGAAUAUCUUAUGUAUGAAUAUCCUAAGUUAUAAGUUAGUUUUAGUGGGUUUUUUAAAAGUCUCUCUGGGUUUGGUUUUCUUGUUUUCUUGUUUUGGGGGUUUUUUGUUGUUUCUUUUUUUUUUUUUUUAAAAACUACGUAAGUGCUUCUGUUGCUGGGUGAGAAUACUACUUUAUAUACAGUUUGGGUUUUGGUUUUGGUUCUUUUUUCCUAUUUGCUGGUUUAAUUGAUGUAUUACACCAAAAAUGCAUUUUAUGUUCAUAAAUUUUAGGUUCACUUAGAAUAUAUUAUUUAAUAAGUUAAAAUUCUUUUGGCACACUAUUACAUAAAAAAGAAAAAACUCCUUUAAAAAAAAAAAACCAACUACCUUAUAUUAGAUGUUUAAUGUUCUUUGUCUAUGCUUUUUUAUUAUUUUAAAUAUACACUAUAUACAGUAUGGUGUAAAAGAGUGCCCUGUGUAAAUAGACCUAUUUUGCAUUCCUUUCAGGAGUGGUUAUUGAUUCCUGACUGCAGAUACCUUUUAUUACUUGGGUAUCUGUGCUUGCAAUCUUAUUGAAUGUAUUAUGAAGAAUGAAAAAGAAAUCAAACCUUAUUUUUGUACAGUUUUGAAGUUUUUACUUGGAACUGACCCACCUCCCCUUCCCAGUGGAGAGCUGUACAGUGUGUAAAUCUGCCUUUACCUUGGAUUGGUACAGUAUUUUUGCAUCUGUGGGACCUACUUCUUCGUUCUUAGUAGUUUGAACUAUAUAUAAACUGUACAAUCUGUAAAGUUUUUAUAGAAUAAAUAUUCAGCUGUGAAAACUGGUUAAAUAAAACUAAUAUUUCUUAACACAUUUUAAA